AUGGCCGAACGCGUUGAUCGUUUCCAAUUCGAUUCGUUCGAUAACAAAACCGAAGACUGGGAUUAUUAUAUCCAGCGCUUCGAAAUUGAAUUACAAAUUCACGGCCUCGACAAACAAGCUUCUGAGGAUAAGCGAAAGCAACUGCUUCUUUCUCGGAUCGGACCUGCAGCCUUCAAGGUACUCGUAGAUUACUAUCGACCAGCCGUCGUUACUACAAAGUCGUACGAUGACUUAAAAACGGUGCUUAACGAAUAUUAUGGAAAAAAAACGUACGUUCUCUCAGAAAGAGUUACUUUUGCAACUAGACACAGAAAAACAGAAGAAACAAUCACACAAUUCAUCCUCGAGCUAAGAUCAUUAGCGGGAUACUGCGAAUUCGGGAACACCCUGGAAGAACGCAUAAGGGACCAACUGGUAAUCGGCAUCAAUAACAGCACAUGGCAGCAAGAACUUAUCAAAGAACACCCAACAAACAGUGCUAAACUCUCUGAUGUUAUAGCCACAGCAAACAAACUUGAACAAGCAGAACUACAGAGCCAACGUUUAACUAACAACCCUCAGAUGAGUACGGAACAACAAACCGUUAACAAAAUAAGACCCAAAACCCAUCGGCCUACCCAACGACAAACACCUAAGGUAAAAACAUGUAUGUUUUGCGGACGAGAUUUUCACACGAAUAUGAAUGACUGCCCGGCAAAAGGAAAACGAUGUAAUGCCUGCGGCAAAGAAAACCACUUUUCAAGCGUCUGCAUAACCAGUGGCAGACUCAAGUUAAAACAGAACAAUACCACGAGACAAAUAACAAGGCAAACAGACAGCGACGAUGAAGAUUUUGAUGAACAGAGCAUACACACUUUUGCCGUGAAGAGACACAACCCGGCUACAAAAAUUAUGAUACCAACUUUAUUGAAUGCAAAAAGGGUCGAAAUGCUAUAUGAUCCAGGAGCAGUGCAUUCCGUAAUUGGAAAAAACCUAUGGAAUACCAUCGGACGUCCACCACUAAAGAAAUGCAAGAACCUUAUUGCUUACACCGAAGUACAAAUUGAAACAUUAGGAACAUGCGAGAUAACAGUUAACGCUUUUAACACUCAGAAGGUAUUGACCGCUUACGUUACGCAACAUAACGACAUUCCACUUUUUGGGCUGGAUUGGUGCCUAAGUUUUGAACUACCUAUGCCCCCUGGAGCCAGGUUGUGCAACAUAAAAACACCUGCAGCAGUAACCUUAACCCAGCACAACACAAAACAUCACAAUGCAGUACAAAUCAUCCUUCAAGAGUUCAAGUCACUCUUUGACGGUAAACUUGGAACUAUAAAAGGGCAUAGUGCCAAGAUUCACAUACCUAACAACGUGAAGCCGAAAACAUUCCGACCUCGUCCGGUACCACUCGCCUUACGUGAACAAGUAAACAGCGAACUUCAACGUCUAGUCCAAGAAGAAGUUUUAGAACCAGUUGAUACCAUGUCGACUCCAAUUGAAUGGGCCUCCCCGAUUGUCAUUGCGAUUAAGGCAAACGGAAGCAUUCGCAUUUGCGCCGACUUCAAAGUUACUAUAAACCAACAUGUUCAAAUCGAUGAUUAUCCACUUCCCAGAUUUGAAGAGAUUACAUCAAAAUUAUCUGGAGGGCAAUUGUUUACAAAGAUUGACCUGAAAGAUGCAUACCUACAACUGAUGAUCCAUCCAGAAUCGCGUAAAUACCUAACGAUUUCAACACAUAAGGGCUACUUUCGCUACAAACGCUUACCAUUUGGAAUUUCGUUUGCGCCGGCCGUUUUUCAAAGAACAAUGCACCAGAUCCUCAGUGGCAUUGAGGGUGUUGUUUGUUAUCUUGACGACAUCCUUAUAACAGCCCAUAACUUAGAAGAACAUCUAACACGCGUAAAAACAGUAUUAAAGAGACUACAAGACGCUGGAGUGAAGAGCCAAGUAAAUAAGUGCGCUUGGUUACAGGAAAGUGUCACCUUCCUAGGACAUAAAAUAGACGCCAGCGGCUUACAUCCGACAGAAGAAAGAAUCAAUGCGAUUAAGAACAUGCCUAUUCCGACCAACACAACGGAACUCCGAGCCUUGUUAGGCUCAUUAACAUAUUAUGGCCGUUUCAUAGAUAGCCUUCACAUGAGAUGCGCCCCAUUGUACAGACAUCUGAAAAAGAACCAAAGGUGGAACUGGACCGAAGAGGACACAAGAAUAACUAACGAACUCAAAAACAUCCUGACGUCAUCAGACACACUCGUACACUAUGACGAAAACAAACCGAUAUAUCUCAGCAGUGAUGCAUCAGAGAAAGGAGUUUUGUUUCAUAAAAUCAAUGAGGCAAUGAGACCCGUGGCGUAUGCCUCGCGAACACUCUCCGACGUCGAACAACGAUACUCAACUAUCGACAGAGAAGCAUUGGGGAUUGUAUAUGCCGUCACUAAGUUCCACCAAUAUCUCUAUGGUAGGAAGUUCGUCCUGUUAACUGAUCAUAAACCCCUAGAAAGGAUCUUCAGUCAAGAUCGAGAAACACCCAAAAUUGCUAGCAACCGGCUCCUUAGAUGGGCCAUGAUAUUAAACAGCUAUGAAUAUUCCAUCUUUUACCAAGCAGCACGAGAAAACACCCCGGCCGACGCACUAUCAAGACUACCGAUCACAUGCAACGACACAACACUUGAGGAAAGAACCGGGCUACCGCAAUUUGCCCAUUUACUACAUCUAAGGCUCGAGAACAUUCCCGUAACUAAACACGAGCUACAAAAACAGACGCUCAAAGACAAGACGCUCAACGUUAUCAAAAAUUAUAUUAUAACGCAUUGGCCAGAUAAGAAAAACCUUUCCAACGAGCUACACACGUUUUAUGAAAAAAAGGACCAGAUGUCAUAUGAAGACGGAAUCUUACUUUGGAACGGACGACUCGUCAUACCAGAAGCACUCCGACCACAGAUCCUGGAAAUGCUACACGACGGCCAUAACGGCAUUACAGCUAUGCAGUCACUGGCACGUCUUCACGUAUAUUGGCCAAACAUUGACAACGACAUAUCAACUUUCUCAAAAAGGUGCAGUCUAUGCCAGCAGUCGAGAAGCAACACGAACGAAGCGCCGGUAUUUCCGUGGGGAAUACCAGUGGAGCCCUGGCACAGGUUACAUGUAGACUACGCGGGGCCAUUCUUAGGCCAUAUGUGGUUAAUAGUUAUAGACGCCUAUACGAAGUGGCUAGAGGUGGUGCCGAUGAAAACUACUACAACCAGGGUAACAGUGCAGAGAUUAACUAACAUAUUUGCUACAUUUGGAACACCAAGAUAUAUUGUAAGUGAUAACGGGCCACAAUUCACUUCAGAAGAUUUUAACCAUUUUUGCCGAGUUUCAGGCAUUACACACAUUAAAACAACACCAUAUCACCCAAAAACUAACGGAUUGGCGGAGCGCGCAGUGCGCACGUUUAAGGAGCGAAUGCUAGCCAGUGAUAGAAGCUUUGACCUCCACGAACGCCUUAACAGCUUCCUUCGGGGAUACCGCAAUACUCCACGACGUUCAACAAAUCGAUCGCCCUACGAAAUGAUGUUCGGAAGGCCAAUACGCACUACAUUCGACCUGUGGAAGCCUGAUGUAAAAGAAAACAUGGAAAAAGCACGCCUCAAACAGAUGCUGAGACCUACCAACAAGGUAGUUUUGCCUCCAGUUUACGAACCUGGCGAUAAAGUUUGGAUUAAUAAACCUAUCGAUAAGGGGUCUGACCCUGGAACAAUAGUUAAACGCAACGGACCAUACUCUUACGAAGUAGAGCUCACGAACGGAGUACAUAAACGCAAACAUGCAGACCAGCUUCGCCUGAGGUAUGAACAUGUACCGAAGACGACCAUCGACACAAGUCAACAAACAUUUGAACCAGUGCCUGGAAUUAGGCAACCGGAACCUGAACAAGUUCCUAAGAAAACGGUUAAGAUCAAAAAUUUCACAUACUAUAGACGCAACAUUAACGCCUAUGAACAGAGCGGCGACCAUAGCGAGCAGCCGGCGACAACAGCGGCUACCAACAGGGAUCACCCAGACGGUCCCAUGCCCCCACCGGCACCUGUGGCCUCCACCAGCAGAGAUCAUUCAGACGGAGGAUCAGCCGAGCCGUCUGCACCAUCCCGUGCUCAACCAGACCAACCGUCACCGCGCCGGUCGGGUCGGAAGACGAAACCACCAUCACGAUUUGGCUUUUUCGGACUAUAG